ACUCGCCACAACCUCGGCGGUUGUUGAGAUAUUGAAAAGUUUGUCCCUCCGUGGAGACGUGCGCGUAUGCAACGCACCCAUUGGUGUUGGGAGAGAGAGAGAGAGAGAGAGAGAGAGAGAGAGAGAGGUUAUGGUGCGGUAGCGUCUCUUUCGGUAGGUAGGCUUCAAAGUUGAAACUGCGUCAAUGUCAGAUUGGAACGCUCACCUACCUAACCCCAUCUCCCCUUUGGAGAAGUAGAAUCCACGCCCGCGGCACAGACUUCAAACUGGACACGCUCUCCGGCCCGCCACUACCCUUCGCCCAUAAUCCCCAACCAACCAAAGCCUUCCCGUUCCUGUUCCUGAUCGUUCAUCGCCCGAGAAGGAGGAAGAAGGGGGAGGUCGCUGGUCAUGGAGGCUGUAGGAGUCGCCACAGGAGUCCUAAGCGUGAGGGUGGUGCAGAACAAAGAGUCGAGAGGCUGCAGGAACUCUGAGAAGGGAUGCCGGCCUCCCUCCUACGCCGUCAGCGUCAAGGCGUUGAGCAGGAGGAGGAGUGGUGUGAGUGCUGGCAGUGGCGGCCUUUGGAUCAGCGCAGCCGCAGACGCGAGCAGCAAGGGUGGCGUUAAGAAGGGCUCCGUCCCCAAUUCCAACUACGUGGUUCCGCUGGACAAUCCUUCCAAUUUAUCGUGUAUAACACGCCCCCUGGUGGAGAUCCUCAGGGACCUGAACAAGAGGGUACCUGACAAAAUUAUCAAGACUGACGCCCUCAAUGGUCACAACUACAUCCCCUGGUAUCAUGCCAACCGAAUGCUGAGCUUCUUCGCUCCAGGUUGGUGUGGAGAAAUACGAAACAUUUUAUUCUCUGAUGAUGGAAACGUUACUGUUGUUUACCGGCUGACAAUUCGUGGGUCUGAUGGAGAGGCAUUUCGUGAAUCUUGUGGAACGGCAUCAACUAACGGACAGGUGGAGGAUGCAGUUGCUGAAGCCGAGGCACUCGCAUUCUGCAGAGCAUGUGCUCGGUUUGGGUUAGGAUUGCAUUUGUAUCAUGGAGAUGAAUCGCUGUAGCAACUGAAUGUUUGCCUUGUGCCCCUCAAAAAUAUGCCAACUUUCCAGCCCCUUAUUCACUGUUUGUUUAAGACCUGAAUGGGCCGAUGUAAUCAUUAUGUUCUUGUCAAACGGAGGAAAGAAAAGAAGAAAAUGAUAAACGACAUCCAGACAUUACUUGGUGGAGCUGCUUUAUACGUGUUUGCGUAUAUUCUUUUUCUCUCGUUCGUCGUUUACUGUGACGAACGAAUAAUCAUGUGUUGCUAAUGUAAAUUGAACGUCUGAUCUUUUGAUGCCUUAA